UAUAUAUGUCUAUGCGCAGCGGCUUUUCCAAACCGGAAUUGAAUAAUUAUCAUGUUUUCUUUCCCACAAGAUUAACAAAAUGGCGAUUUAUAUUUUAAGGAGAUAUUUAGUAUCAAGGUUUUUUCAAAUUUCCGCUAUUGUUUUGGUAACUAUAUUUCUGUUUUACACAUUUUCUCACAGAAAACAUCACGCUUCGCAGCUUAGAUUUUCAGAACUAGGUCUAGAUUUUAAUUUAGGAAUUCUAAAUAGAUCUAGAAAUAUUAAUAGCAUCAUACGAUUGCAAAGCCUGACAAGGCAUUCAGAUUCUCAGCGAAGGGAUUCGACGCGAUCAUGGCGUCAUGGACUAAAUACAAAUCUACAGUGGUCCAAUGGGACAAACCUGAAAAGCUCCAAGUGUUUUCAUAGCCCUUAUAUUCUAUGUCCAGGGGAGACAGUUAGUUUCGAUAACAUCUUCUUUGAAGGUGUAUAUGAGAGAAAAGAGGCAGUGUUCGGGGCAAACCAGACGAAUCAGGAAGCUGUGAAGCCCAACAGAACAGUUGGAUUGUGGAAAAUCAGGCAAAAGCUUCAACGUCGCGAUCCCGUUGUCUUCAAUUUUUACAAUUAUUUCGAUGAGCACCAACUGCCAGAUCGGAAUUUUCCUUGUUUGAGGAACUCCUGCGUCUACCGGAUCGGAGAUAUCACCGAGGUCGAUGACGUGAUCGUCGUCAGGAUUGUAGGACUGAAUGAGAAUGCGGGGUCCAUCAAGAGGUGGCCGGGGCAGCUGUUUUUGUUUGACGAACUGGAGGCGCCUGCGUAUUACGGAAACUUCUUAAAUGAUGAUAACACCAGCUGGAGGUAUCAGUUUAACUUGACCACAACGUAUAGCCCUAGCUCGGACAUCUUUCACCCGUACAACCCACUGAGGUUUGAACCCAUACCUCCAGAGGAAAGACCAAAUUACUAUGAACUAGCAAAGAACAAAACCAAAAAUGCUGUUUGGCUGGCAAGCAACUGUCAUACUGUUGGCAGACGAGAGAGCUAUAUCCAAGAGAUGAAGAAAUAUAUAGAUGUUGAUGUUUUCGGUGAUUGCGGUAAUCAGACGACUUGCCUCGGACAAAGGGUGCCGUGUUUGAAGAAGCUCUUUCAGCCCUACAGGUUUUACCUUGCCUUUGAAAACUCGAUGUGUCAAGAUUACAUUACAGAAAAACUGUUUAAAGUCUACGCACCUGGCCUUCACAUCAUCCCCGUGGUACAAGGCAAGAACAACUACUCCAGGUAUUUUCCUCCCAAGACAUUCAUCGACUCGAGCCAAUUCUUGUCUGCGAAAGAACUUUCCCUCCACCUGCUGAAACUCGCAUCUGACGCCGGGGUUUACGCAGAACUCCUCCAAGUCAUAGACGAGUACCAUAGCCUUGACAGCCCGGACCACUACUGCACCAUGUGUAACGCCGUGACGUCGCUCAAACUGAAGCCGAAAAUUUACGACAUUUCAAAGUGGAUCACCAAUCAGUGUUGACAUUUCUUUGUGGUCUUGUUACAUGGCGCGGUAGAGAAGUUUCUUCGUAUAAGAGUAAAGGACAAUUUUGUUUCUGCAAUUUCUGCAUAAUUUAUUAAGUAUCGAUGAUUCCAUAUGUUACAUAGAAAUUGUCUAGCUAAAGCUAUAAAUCUGUAAUUUGAUGUUACAAUUUUAUUUCUUUUAUUUUAUUGGAACUUCAAGGCAUGUAAAGUCACUGCUGUUUGUAUAAAGAAAUCCUAUAGUCACAAAUAAAGAUUGUAUUUGUUCUUA